AUGCGCACCAAUCUCCUCUUUUUCCUCGUAAUCACGGGGUUCGUUGCCAGGUCAUCAGUCGCAGAUGAUGUGUACAAGCCGUAUAUCGUCCACAUGGACACAUCAGCAAUGCCGGCCUCCUUCUCCACUCAGGCCCGAUGGUAUCAAUCCUUACUGUCCUCCAUCGGAUCACCACCUGAAAGGCCCCCGAGGCUCCUCUAUGUCUAUCGCCACGUCAUCAAGGGCUUCAGUGCCAUGCUGUCUGGGUCCUACCUCCAGCAGCUUCAGACGAUGCCAGCUCAUCUCGCAACGCACCCGGAUUCAUAUGACACGCUCCACACGACCCGCACUCCUAGUUUUUUGGGACUGAAUAAACAGACCGGGCUCUGGCCUGUUGGAAAAUUCGGCAAUGACACGAUAAUCGGGAUCAUUGAUACUAGAAUUUGGCCAGAGAGCAAGAGCUUUGAUGAUAAGGGGAUGCCUCCAGUACCUGAAAGGUGGCGGGGUGCGUGUGAAGCUGGAGUAGAAUUCAGUAUUUCAAAUUGUAAUAGGAAGCUGAUAGGUGCCCGCUCAUUCAGCAAGGGCCUAAAGGAGCAUGGCUUAAACAUCUCAGAGAUCAAUGACUAUGAUUCUCUGAGAGAUUACGCGGGCCAUGGGACCCACACGGCCUCUACUGCUGCGGGUUCCCCUGUUUUCGGUGCCGAUUACUUUGGUUAUGCCAAGGGAACUGCAGUUGGCAUGGCUCCUAUGGCCCGAUUGGCCAUAUAUAAAGUGUCGUGGGCUACAGAAACAUUUGAAUCAGCAGCCACAGACGUGUUAGUAGGCAUGGAUCAGGCAAUGGAAGAUGGAGUGGACCUUAUGUCUCUAUCUCUGGGUUUUCCGCAGACACCCUUCUUUGACAACGUGAUUGCUCUCGGGGCCCUUGCUGCCACCGAGCAGGGAAUCUUCGUCUCAUGCUCUGCUGGGAAUGACGGGCCGGAAGCCUACACCAUCUUCAAUGGUGCACCAUGGAUAACCACGGUGGGUGCAAGUACCUUAGACCGCGGUUAUGCAGCUUCAGCCACUCUGAGAGGAGAGGGCAAUGAUACAACCAAAGUUUUAGGACUGUCGUUCUACCCUGAGAGCAUCUUGAUUUUUGAUGAUCCCCUAUACUACGGCAAAGGGAAUACCAGUAAGGAGAUUUGCUCCUCCAACUCACUUGACGCAUCUAAGGUUGCCGGAAAAAUUCUGUUUUGUUCUUAUAACAAGGAGUCUGACGCUUUCACUCAGAUAUACGAAGCGAAUCGAUCAAGCGCCAAGGCUGUGAUCCUGGUUUCUGACUUAGGGCUUACCUUUAGGCCCAAUUAUUUUUACUUUCCGGCGGUCGCAUUUGGGUUGAAAGAUGGCGAGAUAGUGAAGGACUUCGUGACCAAGACAGUGAACACUACGGCUGAUAUCAAGUUCCAAAUCACAGUCUCUCAUCAAAAGCCCGCACCACAAAUUGUGUACUUCUCAUCACGAGGCCCCUACAGUAUAACUCCUGGAUUACUGAAACCCGAUGUGGUGGCACCUGGGGUAAAUGUCUUAGCUGCUUGGAUGCCUAAAAGAAAAGCUGCAGUAGUCGGGUCAUAUCACUUAGUCUCUGAUUAUACGCUUCUAUCGGGCACAUCCAUGUCAUCCCCUCAUGUUGUGGGAGUGGCUGCAUUGCUACGAGCGGUGCACCCAGACUGGAGUGUGGCUGCUAUACGCUCUGCGCUCAUGACCACUGCAUACACCAUAGACAACACUUAUGGCCCCAUCUUGGACAUGACCACUAGGAUUGGUGGGACCCCCCUGGACUAUGGUUCGGGGCACAUACACCCUAACAAGGCCAUGGAUCCAGGGCUCAUUUACGACUUGGGUGUGCAAGAUUACAUUCACUUUGUGUGUUCGUUGAAUUAUACCCAAGAACAGGUUAGGAUUAUCACUAGAAGAUCAGAUUACACUUGCACCACAUCAAACUUUGACAUCAACUAUCCAUCGUUCAUGGUCAUCUUGUACAACAACAUCUCAUCGCAAACAUUCAAGAGGGUAUUGACGAAUGUCCAGGAUUUGCCAGCAGCGUAUCAUGUGGUGGUGGAGGCCCCUUUUGGAAUGAAUGUGACUGUGGAUCCACAAGUGCUAUCAUUCGGUCCCAAAGGUAGCACACAGGCUUUCACUUUGAGGGUGGAGGUUGAUUUAGCGGGUAUGAGACCAGGGGGUGAGUACAUAGGUAAUUAUGGGCACCUAAGUUGGAUAGAUAAGGCACAGAAGCAUGUGGUGAGAAGUCCCAUUGUGUCAGCAUUUCCACAUUAA